CCCGCUAACACUGUCGUCCCGCCCUUUCCCUGAUGCUCGUGAUUGGCACCGCGCCAUUGGCUCCGCCUCCCGCCCCUCCCGCAUCUCUGUCCGCCCAUUGGUCGCAGCGAGCCAUCGGUCGCUGGCCGGGUCCCGCCCCCUCGCUGAGCGUAGGAACUUCCUAUUGGUCCGGGUUUCUCUAUGUAGUCCUGGCUGUCCUGGGAUUCACUCUGUAUAUAAUGGCCUCAAACUCAGAGAUCUGCGUGCCUCUGACUCCCCAGUGCUGGAUUAAAGGGUCUCACGAUGUCACUUGCCAGGCAUGGAGCUCACUGUGUACGUCCAGCUUUCUUCAGAUCUUUACUGUCCUACAAGCAAAUUCUCACGUAUCCAAAAUGGCUUUGUGUGAUCUCUGCCUCCCAAAUGAUCCCUGAUUGGCUAAUAAACUUGCCUGCAGCCUGGUCUGGGCAGAAAAGAGCUUGUAGCUUGCUGCUCACUGCUGCCAGCUCUCUCCCAGCAUUAUGGCCUUCACUGGCAAAUUUGAAUUUGAGAGUGAGAAGAAUUAUGACGAGUUCAUGAAGCACCUGGGUCUUCCUGCAGAUGUGAUUGCCAAGUGGCAUGGCUUCAAGAUCAUCACCGAGGUACAGCAGGAUGGGCAGGACUUCACCUGGACCCAGUAUUACUCUGGGGGCAACACCAUGACCAACAAGUUCACCAUUGGCAAAGAAUGUGAAAUACAGACCAUGGGAGGAAAGAAGUUCAAGGCUACCGUGAAGAUGGAAGGUGGGAAGGUGGUGGCAGACUUCCCCAACUAUCACCAGACUUCGGAGAUUGUGGGUGACAAGUUGGUGGAGAUCUUCACCAUCGGGGACGUGACCUAUGAGCGCGUAAGCAAGAGGCUGGCCUGAGCCACCAGGCUGGGCUCCGAGGGGCUACUACCCACCAAUAAAAGUGCUCUGUG